CGCGGCGCACGUACACGCGCACGCAGACGACUACGACAGUGUCAGUAACAAAACGCAUUCGCCGCGAACGGGUGGCGUUGAGCACGUCCCGAGCGUUUGUGUUAGUGCGUGUGCGUGUGUAUGUACUAUAUAUAUACGUAACAAUAACACACCGUACAGGUAAAUAUUCGCACCGUGUGUACCGUUGUGUGUGAUGAACAUCAGCAGUUGUGGUCGUAGCUCAACGGCAGACGAACCACCGACGUACUACGGCCCGUCAGUCCGGUCAGUGUAAGCUGCGUGUGCGCCCCGUCCCGUCGCUACGCCGCCGGCCGUUACGCUCGUUCACGGCAAGACGUCGGUGAUGCCGAGCGGCUGCCCGUCCGCCGCCGCCGACGACCACCACUGUUUCUUCUACUCCUGAACCGCGGCCACGGGCCACGACCGCGACGACGACGUCGACGGCUGAAUCUCCGGACGCGACCACCGCCGCCUUAUCAACAAUCAUGAGUGAAACAAGUAUUACAUCAGCCAGAGCGUCUGUGAUGAUUUAUGAUGACAACAGCAAAAAAUGGGUUCCAAGUGGAACAUCAUCGGGCCUUAGUAAAGUACACAUUUUUAAACAUGUGAUUAAUAAUACAUUCCGUGUAGUUGGGAGAAAACUGCAAGACCAUGAGGUUGUUAUUAACUGUGUCAUUUUAAAGACUCUAAAAUAUAAUCAAGCAACAACAACAUUCCACCAAUGGAGGGAUAAUAAACAUGUAUAUGGUUUGAAUUUUAGUAGCAAAGAAGAUGCUGAUUCUUUUGCUCGAGCUAUGGUGUAUGCUCUUGAGGUUCUAGAUUCUGUAUCCAGGAAUAAUAUUAAUAAUCCUCACAACCACAUAUUACCUCCAGCACCUCCUAUAUAUCAACAAGCAAAUGGACAAUAUGAUGAAGAUAUGGGAUACAGAGAUUGGUGUACAAAUAAUGUGCCUAAUCAUUUUAGAAGCAUGACGAAAGAUGAUGCUGCCAUUAUCCAAGAAAGAAGAAUGUCUCAGCAAAAUCAAAUCGUUAGCACAACAAACGGUUUACCAACCAUUCCACCUGCACCUCCUCAGUUGCCUACUUCAGGUCACCAUCGCACAUCAUCGGCUCCGCCAGCACCAGUUCCUCCUCCUCCUCCACCAGGUAUGUCUAACCCAUUGCCUCCUCAACCACCUCCAAUGCCUGGCAGUCUACCAAGACCUAGUAGUAAUGGAGAACCUGAUCAAAGCGAAUCUGUUGCUGACCAGACAUCGUCUUUAGCUAUACAGUUACAGGCGGCUCGUUUAAAACGUACCAAUAAGCAGCAUCCAGCCGAAAAUAGUGGUUCGUCUACGAGUAGUGCUAGCAGUGGUGGAAGUGGAAAUUAUGGGACCCUUGGUAGAAAUGCAAAUGGUGGCCAAACUGGUAUGGCAUCAAUGAUGGAUGAAAUGGCACGUACAUUAGCAAGACGUCGAGCUGCUGUUGAAAAAAAAGAACCAAUUGAUUGUCCUCAAGAUGAAAGUGUAUCACCUGGUGACAAAAAAAAUUGGAAUCGUAAUGAUAGUCAAAAAAGCUCAUUAAAUGGUUGUGAAAGUCCUAAACUUGGCCGAAAACAAUUGUCUGCUACUUCCACCGAAGACUUGAUAGCAUCUAAGUCUUUUGGAGACAAUUGUAUAUCAAAUAUAUCAUUAGAGUUACAGACAUUAAAACAAGAUAUACUACGUGAAAUACGCAAAGAAUUGAACCGAAUGAAAUUGGACAUCAUUGAAAGCGUAAAAGUAGAGAUAAGCAAAAGAUAAAUGAACAACAAUCUAUCAAACAAGUAUCAAAUUACUAAUAUUCAUUUUCAAUUUUAUAUUGAUUCGAUGCUUGUUCUUUUUCUAUUAAGUGAACAUUUUCGAACUGAAUCUCAUUUUAUUACUGUUAUAUGAUUUAGGUACACUCAUAGAUAAUAUUAUUGUAAACCUAUUUAUGACUUAACUCAUUUAUAGCUACUUAAUUUAAACUAUUUCUUACAUAAUCAAGUUAUUAUGUAGCGCAUAUUUUUUAUAUCAAAAUUGUUUUUUUUUUAUGUGAGUGUAAUCACCUUAUGAU